AUGCCACACUUCUCUGUUUUCCACUCAUGGACGCACUCUCGAAAGCAUGUUCAAUCCUCCACAACAACCUACCGCCUAUUAAACGAACUUGGCAACGGAUCUUCAGGAAUUGUUCAUCUCGCAAUAGACAAAAAGACUAGAUUAUGCUAUGCUAUCAAGCAAAUCGGAAAGACUCGCCUUGAACGCCAAGAGACCACUACCCGGCUCUUUGGGGCUGGUCCUCACCAUCCCCGCUCUGGUCUCGGCAUUUCGGCUCAUCCAAAUCAAGCCACUUGUGCAUCCAAACGACGUCGAUUUAAUACAGUGGCGCCACUGCCAGUUCCUUCAGUUUCAAAAGAAGUUCUUGUCAUGCGACGCUUAGAUCACCCCAAUAUCAUUCGCCUAGUUGAUGUUGUCGAUGAUCCUAAAACAAAAUCUUUGAUGAUGGUCAUGGAACAUUUGGAUCCUAGGCCACUGAUGGACAUAGCACCUAAUACUAUAUGCUCUCCAUACUCACAACAACAAUGUCGUAUUUUAUUUAAGCAAAUUCUGGAUGCAGUAGAGCAUAUUCACUGCAAAGGUAUUAUUCACAGAGAUAUCAAGCCACAAAAUAUUCUCUUGUCAUCUGAAAAAGUUCUCAAGAUCAUCGACUUUGGCAGUGCUAUCUUUUACGAUGACACCACUCCUCUAAGCCCAAUGUUGUACGGCGGAACACCUGCCUUUAUGGCUCCAGAAGUAGUCAGAAAACCACCCCCUGGUUAUAAGCAGCCAAAGACCUCUGGAGAUGUCUGGUCCGUUGGUGUAACACUUUAUUGUCUAGUCUAUGGUCGUCUCCCAUUUGAAAAAAAGAGUCGAAUAGAUUUAUUGAAUUCGAUCGAAUACGACUCAAUUGUCCAUUCUCCAGAAAUAGAUUCGGAUCUACGUGAUCUGUUGGACGGGUUACUGACAAAAGAUCCUUGCCAGCGGCUAACAAUAGCAGAAGCAAAGGUACAUCCCUGGGUCACACAUCCAUAA